GUGUUAAGCUGUGACGUAGCGCGUUGUUUAUGACUUUGGCAUUCGCGCGGCAACACUCAAGGCCAUAACACGUCGCGCCGCGUUUUUAUCAUCGUUACGUUGAAUGAGUGUUUUUGUGAAUAUUAUCGAGAUCUUUUGUGAGUAUUAUCGAAAUAAUAACGCGCUAUGGGCAAAUCGAACACGCAGUGUAUUUUUGAUUUAUUUGCUGCGGGAUAGUUGAACGUUACGCAUCAUUUAACGCGCUAUAACAUUCAUGUGAAAUAUAUUCUAUUUUCUCAACUUUUCCAAUUAAUUAUACUUUGAAACGCGAUUACUUUUCUUGCAAUUAUUAGAAUUAACGAUGGCUCGUAUCGUGUACGUUUAUUUGAUGUGAUUUAUGUGAUUAUAAUCGCGUUUUUAAGAGUGAGUGUGUCAGAAAUAUCAGCAAAGGACAGUUUUGUGAGCGCCAAAAACUACAAGAGAUGAAUAAAACAAGAAUGAGAUCUGGAGAGAUGUCGGGCAAUCACAUAGAUAUUCCUUCUGGUCCUUCUGGUCUUUGCUACCUCGAGGGCGUACACGCUUCAAGAAUCAGUCUCAACUGAUUCGACCCAGGGUGGUAACAACUGUUCAACCACCGACAGCUUCCUCAUUCUUCGUUCCUCAAACGAGACACAGGAGAGCGGGAUGGACAUGGCGACGAGCGUGCUUCUUGACGAUACGAGGAAUAACUCGAACGUGUCACAUCUGGGAACGUUGACCUCAUCCAGAGACUGGGACGAGAAACCGAAGCUGCAGUUCCCCAAAUUUGCCACGGAGAAGCGUUACAAGAUGGCAAGUUUGCAUCUUGAUAAGGGCUGGUUCGUCUUCGAUUACCUCAGAAGCUUCUUGUCUUUUGUACAACCUUAUGAUAUACCGAUCGAUUUACUGGCCGACGCUGUGGAAAAUCGCGUAAGCACCAUCAAAUUGAUUUCAGAGUCUAUGCACGUGGAAGCAGCUUUUCUGGGCUUAGCAGGCGCGUGCUGCGUACUGGCCUGCAUAAUUCCUGGCACAGAACUUUGGCUCGCCUGUCGACCAAUCAGACAGGAUUAUAAACCCUCUCAGCAUCCUGGUGUUCUCGCAUUUCUCCUUGCCGUUCUCGCCUUUAUGCUCGGGUCUUGCAUGGUGACAAUGAUAAUAUGCAACGAGGCGGUGGCGGCUGGGAUCGGGAAGUUCCCUAUAACGGUAGAGACGGCGUUACAGGAUUUAAAGGACUAUCACGCGGAUACCACGUCACAGCUACGAAAAUGCCUUACGAGGAGCUUGGACGUGGCCAGCGAAGCGAUUCUUGCGGAUCUGGACAAUGUUGAGGAAUUAUUGGGCAAACCUGUUCAGAUCGAACUCUCGGUCGAGACUGGACUUGACGUGGCAUUGGAUGCACUCGUUGAUUUAGCAAAUGCGACGCAGGAGUUAUCUGCUAGAACUGAAUCUUUACUCAGAGAGGGUGAGAAAGCUCACGAACUCGGAUUGGAAUUGAGUAGGGAAACGGACGAGAUACGACGGGACUUGGAAGGUGCGGUGAGAGCAUGCUCGGGUCCAGAUCGUUCUCUUUGUGCUGUCAUUGACUCUUCGGGGAUUCGCUUGGAUUUACGAAUAGAACGGCUAUUGAAAGACGAUCGUUUGCUACGUCUACGGAGUAUCAAUCGGGGAAAUUUGACGGAAGCAGGACGCCAAGCUCGCGGAGAGUACCUCCAUGUGCCACAUCACAUCGCCCGAACCACAUUGGAUGCUCGUAACCAGAUUCGGUACGAGAUCAAUGCAGCACGUGCCAGGAUUGUCGAUCAAACGCGCAAUGUCGAGACGAAUAGUUUCGAACUCUCAAAGCAGCUGGAUUCUGUGAGAAGCAUUGCGGAUUACGCUAUUCCUCGUGUCAUCGCUUUCGAGCAUAUCAGGUGGAUCGUCGGUAUGGUUAGUGUUCUAUGCAUUCUGCUGGUUUUUUCGUUACUGAUUGGGGCUUUGUGCUGUCGUUGGAAAUCAUCCGAAAGUAAAGUACGUCCAACUCUUUUAUGUGGUGUGGUUACGAGUUGUUUUGUCUCGAUUACACUUUGGGCAGUAUUCGUCGUUGCUCUGGGCAUCGCCAGCCAUACGGAAAUGUUGAUCUGUCGGCCGCUCUAUGAUCCUGACUAUCGUAUUAUAGAAGCUAUAUUGGAAACCCGAGCGUUUUUAGGAAAAAGACUUGCAGUUCCCCUCAAGGAGCUCUUUGAAAAAUGUCGAAACAACGAGGCGGCUUAUUCCGCCUUUGGACUGGAAAACACGAUGAAACUGGAACAUUUGACUGCGUAUUGGACAUGGUUAGGCUUGUCCAGAGCAAUCUUGAAUAUUAAAGUCGAUUUAAAGGGUCUUCAAAUAUUAACACCAAAUCUGCAGCAAAACCUUCAAGAUUUCUUAUAUGCUUAUGACUUAAACCUCACGGCGCACAGAAUAAUGAUUCAAGGGCCAAUUUUGAAUAAAGAUUUGACUACAAUGUCUGAUCAGUUAGACAAUAUAUCCCGUCAGCUGCAGGAUCGAAGUAUUGCUAGAGAACUGCAAAGCAUUGGUAUAACAAUGCGCGAUCUGACAUUGAGACGGGUAAAGCCGCUAAUGAAAUUCCAGGAUGAUUUGGUAUAUCGGCUUACAGUUCUAGAGUUGAAAGUACACCCUCUUUGGCGUCAAAUCAAUCAAUCGAUCUCUCAUCUGAGAACUAUACAAUAUUAUAUAGAUCAUCAAGGAGAGAAAAUAGCUCAAUUGAAAACAAAGUUGUACAUGAAUCGAAUGACGAAUUAUCUAGAUCAAUGGCGGAUGCACGUUCUUUCGGAAAUGAAUACGGAAGUAUCUAAAUGUCGACCUUUAUGGGACGUUUUAGAAGGAAUCAAACACUUAGUGUGUGAUCAUAUCUUAAAUCCUUUCAACGGUUUUUGGUUCGUUAUAUUCAUAUGUGCAAUCAUCAUGAUUGCCAGCACACCCACAGCUCAUAUUUUAUCACUAUUAUACAAGAAACCAUCUCAUUUCUUGAAAGAUGUUAUCCUGCCAACAAGAGCGGAUAGUCUUAAUGACGAUAGAACAUGGCAAACACCAGAUCCACCGCCGCUGCCGCAAAGCGAUUGGUAACAAUGAUAAAAAAUGAGACUUUAUGUUGUAAGCAGAUUCAGAAGAAUAUUAAUAUGAUAUCAGAAUUGGCAAGAAUAUAAUAAAGAAUAUGGCAAGAACAUUAAAGAAGCUUAAAGUAUAAGUCGAAC